AUGACAGGGGUGUCCUGCUCACGAGGAGGUUUUCGGGCUGGCUCUGUGCGGGGAGAGUCCCGCUGCGGACUGCAGAGAACAUCCCCGUGCAGAGCGUGCUCCGGCCCCGGGGUAGGUGCUGUCUGUGUUUGGGUAUUGCCGUGCCCAUGGCACGUGGGAAGCCGCUACUGCCAGCCUCACUCUGUGAGGCAUUUCCCUCCUUUUGUCUGCCCACGGAUGUGCUCUGGCUCUCUUGCAGCUUGGGAUUUGCUGGUGCCUAUUGUCGCUGUGCCUGAGACCCUUCCGCAGUGUGGUCACGUCAGCCCCCCGGUUGCCCCCAGCCCCAGCAGAGCUGCCACCUUCCCCAUCUUCCCCUCUCCUCGCUGCUGCCUCUGGCCUCCUGAGUGCCCUUUUUGAGUGGGUUUCUCCUGUUUUGCAUUGGGUUUGGCAGUGCUUCCCCAUCAGCGGUGGGGCAGUGAGGCUGUAAGAGGCCGAAAUGAUGACCACCGGCAUCUCCCUCUCUCUGCUCGGUCCCUGUGGCGCUGGGUCCCUCCCCACAGCUCUGAGCUCCGUGUCCUCAGCAGUGGUCCUUCCCCGGGGAGCUGGGCAAUACCCACUUCACAGCCACUAAGUCUCCGGUGAGCGCGUCGCUGUGGUCGAGUGCUGCUGGUUAACCGAGCUGCAGUGACGGGUGAGACACAGAGACAAAAAUGAGACAAAUUUCCUCCAGGAGAAAUCGCGUGUCCUGCUGCAUUGACAGUGUCUGUGGAGGUUGUGCUCAAGCCUGGUGCAAAUGGUGUUUUGGGGCACACACCAGGUGCUGAACCAUGGCGGUGUGGAUCCAGGCCCAGCAGCUCCAGGGCGAAGCCCUGCGGCAGAUGCAGGCGCUCUAUGGGCAGCACUUCCCCAUCGAGGUGCGGCACUACCUGUCGCAGUGGAUCGAGAGCCAGGCCUGGGACUCCAUCGACCUCGACAACCCCCAGGAGAAUGUGAAGGCGACGCAGCUUCUGGAGGGGCUGAUCCAGGAGCUGCAGAAGAAGGCGGACCACCAAGUGGGUGAGGACGGCUUCCUGCUGAAGAUCAAGCUGGGGCACUACGCCACGCAGCUGCAGAACACGUAUGACCGGUGCCCCAUGGAGCUGGUGCGCUGCAUCCGGCACAUCCUCUACCACGAGCAGCGGCUGGUGCGGGAGGCGAACAACAGCCCUUCCCCGUCCGGCUCCCUGGUGGAUGCCAUGUCCCAGAAGCACCUGCAGAUUAACCAGACCUUCGAGGAGCUGCGGCUCAUCACGCAGGACUCGGAGAACGAGCUCAAAAAGCUGCAGCAGACACAGGAAUACUUCAUCAUCCAGUACCAGGAGAACUUGCGACUCCAAGCCCAGUUCUCCCAGCUCUCCCAGCUGGGCCCUCAGGAGCGCAUGUCACGGGAGACGACGCUGCAGCAGAAAAAGGCAUCGCUGGAGGCCUGGCUGCACCGUGAGGCCCAGACACUACAGCAGUACCGCGUGGACCUGGCUGAGAAGCACCAGAAGACGCUGCAGCUGCUGCGCAAGCAGCAAACAACCAUCCUGGACGAUGAGCUGAUCCAGUGGAAGCGUCGGCAGCAGCUGGCGGGGAACGGGGGCCCGCCCGAAGGCACCUUGGACGUGCUGCAGACCUGGUGUGAGAAGCUGGCAGAGAUCAUCUGGCAGAACCGGCAGCAGAUCCGCCGUGCCGAGCACCUGUGCCAGCAGCUGCCGAUCCCAGGCCCGGUGGAGGAGAUGCUGUCAGAGCUGAACGGCACCAUCACUGACAUCAUCUCUGCCCUGGUCACCAGCACCUUCAUCAUCGAGAAGCAGCCUCCCCAAGUGCUGAAGACACAGACCAAGUUUGCAGCCACCGUGCGGCUCCUGGUGGGGGGGAAGCUGAAUGUGCACAUGAACCCUCCCCAAGUGAAGGCCACCAUCAUCAGCGAGCAGCAAGCCAAGGCCCUGCUGAAGAAUGAGAGCACCCGCAAUGAGAGCAGCGGAGAGAUCCUCAACAACUGCUGCGUGAUGGAAUAUCACCAGGCCACUGGGACACUCAGCGCCCACUUCCGCAACAUGUCCCUGAAGCGGAUCAAGCGCUCGGAUCGCCGCGGGGCUGAGUCAGUGACAGAGGAGAAAUUCACCAUCCUCUUUGAGUCGCAGUUCAGUGUGGGUGGGAAUGAGCUGGUGUUCCAGGUGAAGACGCUGUCCCUGCCUGUGGUGGUGAUUGUGCAUGGGAGCCAGGACAACAAUGCCACGGCCACCGUGCUUUGGGACAAUGCCUUCGCUGAGCCCGGCCGUGUGCCCUUCGCUGUGCCCGACAAGGUGCAGUGGCCGCAGCUCUGCGAGGCGCUCAACAUGAAGUUCAAGGCGGAGGUGCAGAGCAGCCGCGGGCUGACCAAGGAGAACCUGGUGUUCCUGGCACAGAAGCUCUUCAACAGCACCAGCUCCCACCUGGAAGACUACAGCAGCACCACAGUGUCCUGGUCCCAGUUCAACCGGGAAAACCUGCCUGGGAGGAAUUACACCUUCUGGCAGUGGUUUGAUGGGGUCAUGGAGGUGCUGAAGAAGCAUUUGAAGCCGCACUGGAAUGACGGGGCCAUCCUGGGCUUCGUCAACAAGCAGCAGGCGCACGACCUGCUCAUCAACAAGCCCGACGGGACCUUCCUUCUGCGCUUCAGCGACUCGGAGAUCGGUGGCAUCACCAUUGCCUGGAAGUUCGACUCCUCUGAGAGGAUGUUCUGGAACCUGAUGCCUUUCACCACCAGGGACUUCUCCAUCCGCUCCUUGGCUGACCGCCUCGGGGAUCUCAGUUACCUCAUCUAUGUGUUCCCCGACCGGCCCAAGGACGAGGUGUUCUCCAAGUACUACACGCCGGUUCUCUGUGAGUCCACGCCAGCUAAAGCUGUGGAUGGAUACGUGAAGCCACAGAUCAAGCAAGUGGUGCCAGAGUUUGUCAAUGCGUCAGGAGAUUCUGCCCCUGGAGGGGCCACUUACAUGGACCAGGCACCCUCGCCCGCUGUCUGCUCCCAGCCUCAUUACAACAUGUACACCCAGAACCCCGACCCAGUGCUGGACCCCGAGGGUGAUUUCGACCUGGAAGACACGAUGGAUGUGGCGAGGCACGUGGAGGAGCUGCUGCGGCGCCCCGUGGACAGUCAGUGGAUCCCCCACGCCCAGUCGUGACAGGCAGGCGCCUGGUCCCUUGCCCCUGGCCCCGGCGCUGCGGGGACUGUGCUGUGUUCGUGUCUCUGUGCCAGGGGACAGCGGGUGGGCCCUGCCCCCAGGAUUUGCUCUGUGCUGCCCCGAAACACAGGCUGGCGUCCAGCUCUUUGGUGUUUAUGCCCUUGUAUAAACGGCAGCGGAUUUGUCGCAUGGUUUUUCCUGUAUGUUCCUUUCAAGAGGCCCAGCUUCGGCUUUCCGCUUCUGCCAGCACCGGCCCUGCAGCCCCCCCAUCCCCGCGUGGAGCUGCCGGGGCAGGGGGCCGCCAGCCCGGCCUCAGGUUCGCUUUCGCAGUCGUCACUAAGAAUGUACAUGUCGCCUUCUUGUUCCCCGCGCCGCGGCUCCGUUCCCAGGGGUGCGUGAGGGCAGAGGGCAGAGGAGGGGUUCUGCCGGGGCUCCCCUAGCCCGUGCUGGUGCUCUGCUCCGCAGUGGCAGGGUCCCUGGCUUCAUCUUCUCUGUCCCCAAGGAUGCAGGAGCCCCUCCGGCUCCCGGCCCCAGUGUCCCCUCUGGAGCCGGUGCAGCAUCGAGGGUGGCAGGGUGCGAGGGCACCCAGCGAGGGUGGUGGGGUGGGCAGGGGGUUUGGGGAAGCGGAGCCCUCUGCCCCCUGCCUCUCCCCUCGCCUGGGAGGGAAACUCUGGGGUCCUGGCCAUGUUAUUUUUCUAUCACAGAGUAAAUAAAGCACGGAAUAUUUUUGUAACACAAAA